AUGGGUGACGAGUCAGCUCCCUUGGUGGGGACGGCCGGGGAGGUGAGCAAAUAGUGGGCCGACUUUGAGAGCCAAUGCUCCCAUGCAGGAUGAUGAGGUCAGUGUGAGGAGAUGUGCUGGAGCGAAACAGUGGGCGGUGACUGCUGUAAUGGGCGACGAGUCAGCUCCCUUGCUGGGGACGGCUGGGGAGGUGAACAAAUCAUGGGCUGACUUUGAGAGCCAAUGCUCCCAUGCAGGAUGAUGAGGUCAGCGCGAGCUGACGUUGUGCUGGAGUGAAACAGUGGGCGACGAACAGGCAAUAUCAGCUGGAGAACCAGAGCAGGGACUAGACGUUCGUAUGGUUUCCACAAUGAAGGUCGUGCAAAAGUGAUAGCUCAGUAGGGAUUUCUUAAAGCACAGUUCCUACCUUGCUGGUCCUAUGGAUCGAGCUGAUGAUGGCGGCAGGUGAUGUGACUCAGUCAUUGUAUAUUAAAUCACGCAAAUAUAAAAUUUAUAAAACUAGAAAAUAUGAAUUUUCAGAUAUUUAGAAAUAUUUCUAAAUAAAUAUAUCAAUUAUACUUCAAUAAAAAUUCCAAAAAUAGCGGUAAUUUUCCAGGUCGAUUACAGGGAUGUAAUAUAAUAUCUAGUAAUUAUUCAGAAUUUUUCUCAAUGAAUACGAUUUUCUAUGAAUUUUAUACUAGGAAAUAAAAAGGAAAUAUAUUUAAAAUUCACAAAAAAGGGAAAUAAGGGCGCGGAUGUCAGGAUGACGUCAGCACCAGGCGAGCACGAAUCAGAUAGAAAUAGAGUUCUGCUCGGCGAUUCUUACGUAAGCGAUUAUGGGUGAUUUAAUUGAUCAAAUUAAGAUUUGUAAAUGUCAGAAGAAUCGUAAUAGAACAAAGUAUAUUUUUGUAAAUUAAAAUCAACAAAGUAUCACUAAAUGAAGCGUAAAUUAAAUUGAAAGUAGGAAAACAGAGUUCCAGCGUUGCAAUGGCGAUGCAUCGGCGAUGCACCGGAAUCCUGAGUGUUCGGGGGAGGGUCGUCGUGCAGUGUCCACGGCCUCGAAGGCUCUCCUUGGACAAAGACGACAUGGGCAAUCUCUAGAUCUUCUCGCGAAGUCUAGAGAUCAAUGAAGUGGGUCGUCGAAUCGUCUCCGGCGGCUGUCACCCAGGCGGAGCGGAAAAACGACGACUUUGCGGCUCUCCGGCAGCUGUCACCCAACAGAGAGGAGCUGGAUGGAGGUGGGGCGCGUGUCAGGGAGCUUCAUCCUCAGGUCCACGCAGCAAGAGGAGGUUCUUCAUCGCAUCUGGUACGCUCUCAGGAGGUGGCGACUGGUCUUUCGGUGGAUCGUCCUCUUCCCGACGACGGCUUGUUCGUCGAUCAAUCGGAGAUGA